UGUGGACUGAGAACAACUCACUUGCUCUCGUUAGUACUUGGAAAUAUUGUAACUAAGUGCUUUUUUAUUUGCCACAGAAGAAAUGAUCGCGGUUAAUGGGUUUGGUGGGUUCUAAAUGUGUUUCUUGUAAAUCAAAUACUAGUGAUGCAGAAUUGGAUGGCUCUUCCUGUUUGCGCAGAUACCUGUCACAUGAAUGUUAACUGAUGGGAGUUUGACGCAAACUUUAGUUUGCUUCAGAAGCCAUCUUAGCGUUUACGAAAGAAAACUUCAAAAAGAUGUACGGAAAAGCGCGCAUUGAAUACAAGAUCUGAUGUCGACUUCACGCUUGUUUGCCUUGGUGGUCAGCGUGGCUUGGAUAGCGGGCUCGGUAAUGGUCAGCCGCGUCCAUGGACAACUUCCACCACCACCACCGCCACCACCACCACCACCCACCCUGCCAGCCAUUACACUCCCGCCUCCUGAAUCGACUAGAAGCAUGCUCGAGAGAUGGGCCGAUAAGUCACGCCUUGGGGAGAACCUGAAAAAUCUGAUAAACAGGCAACCUGAUAAUCACCGAAUGUACACGUGCGACGAGAGAUGUAACAAGACAAGCAGGGACUGGAACGACAUCAGCCAGCCAAAGUGCUUCUGUGACGACAUGUGCGUCGCCUUCAAAGACUGCUGCCAUGACUACGAAAAAAAAUGCGGAAGACCCAGUGUGAUAGAGUCUCGAGAGAGCGUCGAGGAUAUCUGCACAUUUCGGCGCUCACAUAGUACACCUUAUGGCUUCAUCUUUAAGCGCACGUGUCCAAACGGGACCGCGCACGCACUCUCUCAGCGGUGUUCUACAGUACGAGAUGACGACUACAUGUCGUCACUUCCGGUCAUAGAUGUGACGUCACGCACUCCAUACCGGAACUUGUUCUGUGCUGUGUGCAGAAAGGCUGAUGAAAUUAGCUGGUGGCGGGCGGAAGCUGUUUGUCCAAAUAGUACUAUAGACUACACAAACAUGAGCAAGGUUCGACAUUUCAUCGCAUCUAACUGCACGAUGAGGUACUCUCCCUCGAACGCCAUAAGAGACCUGCACCCCAUUUGCAUCCCACCUCUGACCACACCCAUUAUUGGCACGCCCAGCUCUCACGUCACCGAAAACGUCACUGAAAUCAUCAAGGAAUUCUGUGAUUCCUACGCGUUUCCCGUGUGCGUAAUCACAAACGGGGUUCAGUACAUGUAUAAGAACCCUCACUGCGUACUCCAAAGCGGCCAAUUCGACUUAUCUGACGUCAAAGUGGAAUGCGGAAUCUUCAACCCAUCACUUCCGCCACUCAGCAUAUUCUUUGACUUCCGGUCAACGACGAGUUACGUCAUGAGCGAGCGACGCGGCUCAGGGGCCUCUGACGAGGUAACCGAGGAAACACUUAACUGCCUGAGUAACCAGGUCUACGAUCCGUUUGCUGGCCGUUGUCGGGAGGUGUUUGCGGGCUCAGUGCAUCCUACCACAGGUAGCCCCACCAGUGGAAGUAACUGCACAUAUGUUGCUCUGGAUGAAAAAGAAUACAAAUUUCUUGAAAACGGGACUAUUCUUGUGGAGGCUCACCAUCGUCGCUAUAGCAACAGUUCAUACAAGAUAAUAAACGGUACACUAUACGUUUGCACCAAUUUCACUCAAGAGUACAACGUGCUUCCCUCAGGUGCAGGAAGAGGACGAACGCACGAUCUGAACGCCCUGAGCGCUCUGACUAUCGCAGGCUGUGCCCUCAGCAUGAUAUCCCUGGUCGUGCUUAUCUUCUCGUACGCCGUGCUGCCCGAGCUGCGUAAUCUUCCUGGUCGAGUGGUUCUCUCCCUGGCCAUCACCAUGCUGCUCUACCAUUUGCUCUAUUUCCUGGUCAACCAGUCGGACACACGUGCUCUGUGUGUCGCUGUCGCCGUGAGCCUGCACUUUGCACUGCUCAGCGCCUUCUGCUGGAUGAAUGUGCUCGCUUUUGAUGUGCAUCAUACAUUUACUAAGCCAGGUCAGCGCAGAACAGCGUCACGUGGUCACUGCCCCGGCACGUACGCCAUAUACGCAGCCUACUCAUGGGGAAUUCCGCUGGCCAUUGUUACUAUCUCGUUCUCCGUUGAUCUGUCGGGUAGUUGGCGUAUUGGAUACGGGCGUGGUGAGUACUGCUUUAUCGAGAACCCCAGUGCCAUGUUGUACUUGUUCCUGCUGCCCGUGGCGAUAAUUCUCCUGUACAACUUCAUCGCGCUCUUUCAUACAAUGUGGCACAUUAGAGCUGUCAGAAAGAAAACUUCGAAAGCGUCCAAUCAGCAACGCAAACCAAACCUUCCAAUCAUCUGCUUUAAGAUGACGUCAGCAAUGGGUAUCACGUGGGUCCUGGCGUAUUUUGCUUCGACACAGGCCACCUCGUUCCUGUGGUACGCGUUCGUCAUCCUCAACAGUUUACAAGGGUUCCUGAUUCUCCUGUCCUACGUGUUAAACAGGCGCGUACUCUCAAUGUACCGCGAAACGCUACAGAGCAUGCGCAAAACCAGUACUCAAGGUACCAGGAGCACCACCCCCGGACGGGACAAUUCGCUAGCCGUGGCGUCCACUACUGAGGGGGGUAGGGAGAGGCUGAGAUCUGAUACAAUCGACAUACCCGCCGGGCGGGAGAGAAAGCUCACCGAAUCGAGCAUAAUUCCUGAUAAACCAGACAUUGUAACACAAAUGUGAAAAGGAUACUUUUUCAUUUAUUUAAUUUAGACCGCCCGGGAUUGGGGUCUGUUAUCUUUAAGUUCAUGAGUCAUUUCAAACAGAAGAAAAUAGCUCAUUAUAAGAUCA